AUGUUCCACACAUACUCCCACCUGUUCAACAUUAUGCGUAUCAUUCCACGUUCCACACAUACUUCCACCUGUUCCAACUACGCAUACCUUAUCACAAUGGGAAGUUUGUCGUUUGUCUUAUCUUUCGGGGGCGAAAGUAUCUCAACUGAGCCUCUUUCCCAAGUCACAUUGGGCGAACUACGCCAGUUUAUUUUGAUAGCAGUGAACAACUUUCCCCUCUUGCAAUACAUCACAUGUAUCACUCCGAGGGAUGCGUGGAAUCUCCUGCGAAAUCCAACACAGGGACUCGAGAAUGAUUCAGAAUCCACUGUUCUUAAACGGCCAGCUUCAAGGAUAUUUAAACAUCGCUUGACGAAACUAGCGCAAUCACUUGGUCUAGUGACGAUAUACCAAGUGGCUACCUACUCUGGAAGCUGCGUUCGAACUGCCACUUGUGGUGCUGCGGGACCUGGGAAAAUUCAACUGCGACCUCUGAACGACGAGUACAAAGUCAUUUGGCAAUCAUAUCUUGACACUGCUAACACCAUAUUUGGCACCCAUCAAAAUCUGAUAGACAGCGCGGCAAGAACGGAAACACUAUCGCCGCUCAUACUCCCUACCGAAGAGGAGGCGAAUUCGCAAACUUUUCGACUGGAUCGUUCACUCGGUAAGGGUAUGACAACAUCUUAUCAUGUCGAGAUUCGAGAAGAUAUUAUCUAUAAUCAGUUGCCGCUCGAAGAACACUAUAUAUACCAGACGCUCAAGAAAGGCACAACGUUCCUAAUCAGUGAACGUCUGGACGGGUAUUGGAAAGAUUUGGAAACGGGCUGUCUGGACCAACCAUUACGUUUCUGGUGCUCGAUUCAGAGCGUACUCCAUGGACACGCGCAGAAGGCGUGUCGUCAUAAUUCCUUCCUUCCAAAGAAGUGA